UUUUGAUUAGAACUGUAGUUUAAUAUCUUUGUUGGAAGCUUCAGAUCUUCGAUUGCUGCAGUUCCUCUGAAUCUUUUUUGAUUCUUCAAGUUUUUCAGCUCGAGACAAUGUUGAAUCGCUCGUUACUUUCGAGAUCCGGAAGUUUCCGGCCGGAAAAAUUAGGUCAAGAAGCUCUUGCUCUGAUCGGUAACCUCUGUUUCACUAUCUUUGUACUUGUAGUUUUAAUCUUCACUCUCAUUGCUGCAACCUACCAACCUGAAGACCCUCUGUUCCAUCAAUCUACCAAAAUCACAAACUUCCUCACCUCAACUUCAAAUGCUACCUUCAAUUCCGAUGACACCGUCGUCAAGACUGGUGAGGACUUCGUAGCUUCUAACCAAACUGUAUUCGAUACUUUCAUUAACAUCACCGAUGUUCCUGCUGUCACCGUUGAAGAACUCCCUAUUUGUCAGGGAGAUGUCGAUAAACCCAUUGACUGUACAGAUAGGGAUGUCUUUAAUUUGUUGAUGAAAACAGCUAUAGAGCAUUUUAAGGAUAUUCACUUCUACCGGUUUGGGAAACCUGUGCGUGGAUCAAAUGGAAGCACCUGUGAUAUGGCUUGGAGGUUUAGGCCCAACAAAGGAAAAAUCGCAGCGUUCUAUAAAGACUACCGUAGGUUCUUGAUUUCUAAGUCUGGGAACUGCAAUUAUACUGUGCUUGGGAUUGGGGACUACCACUCCGGUAUGAAUGCAAGGAAAAGGAAGAAGAACCAGAAACCCGGGUUUGAGAAGUUACCAAAAGGCCAAAAACUUGCAGAGGAUCCUGCUGCUCUGCCUCUGGUUGGAGAAGUUGUUAAUGAUACUCUUCCUGUUGUUGAAUCUGAGAGUUCGUUUAGUCAUGGCAAGUACUUGAUUUACUCUGGUGGUGGAGACAGAUGCAAGAGCAUGAACCAUUACCUCUGGAGCUUCUUAUGUGCUUUGGGUGAAGCUCAGUAUUUGAAUCGCACAUUGGUUAUGGAUUUGACGAUCUGUUUAAAUUCGAUGCACACUUCAUCUCACCAGGAUGAGGAGGGGAAGGAUUUCAGGUUUUACUUUGAUUUUGAGCAUUUGAAGGAGUCGGCAUCUGUACUGGACCAGGGCCAGUUCUGGUCAGAUUGGGAGAAAUGGCAGAUUAAAGAUCGUUUGCCACUGUUCCUUGUCGAUGAUUUUAAGGUAACACCGAUGAACCUUGCCCAGGUAAGGGAUACUCUGAUAAUGAGGAAAUUUGGAUCCGUAGAGCCAGAUAAUUAUUGGUAUAGAGUGUGCGAAGGAGAGACUGAAUCUGUCAUCCAACGACCAUGGCAUCUCAUCUGGAAAUCUAGACGCUUGCUGGACAUAGUAUCUGGCAUAGCCUCAAGGUUGAAUUGGGAUUUUGACUCUGUCCAUGUUGUGAGAGGUGAGAAGGCAAAGAAUAAGGAACUCUGGCCUAAUCUAGGAACUGAUACUUCACCUGAAGCACUUGUUUCAUCUCUACAGGACAAGAUUGAAGCUGGGAGGAAUGUGUAUAUUGCCACCAAUGAACCUGAUACUUCUUUCUUCAACCCUCUGAAGGACAAGUAUUCUACUCAUUUCCUUGAUGAAUAUAAGGAUCUCUGGGAUGAGAACAGUGAGUGGUAUGCGGAGACCACAAAACUUAACAAUGGAGUUCCAGUAGAAUGUGAUGGUUACAUGAGAGCAUCAGUUGAUACUGAGGUUUUCUUGAGGGGCAAAAAGCAGAUCGAAACUUUCAACGAUCUUACAAGUGACUGCAAAGAUGGGAUCAAUACCUGCCGUGCAUCUACAUGAUCAAUAUGCAUGCUGCAUAAAAGCUUAAACUGAUAUUUUGAAGUUCUCACUUGAUUCAUUUGGUGUAUCCGCAUGUAACGUACCAACAAGUGGUGUUGCUGUUCGUGAAAAGCUGAGGUCAUUCUUAUUAAUCGUGUACUCUGUAGGAAAGAAUUAUCUGUGUUUCAUGACUUAAGAUUGAGAAUUCUGUUUAGGUUUGAUUACUUAGUGAAAUGUUGUACUCAUGUUUUUUUUUUAA